UCUCUCCCUCAGAAGUGGAAAGUGAGCCAGACCAAGAUCAGGGUGAUCUCCACGGUGAUCUUCAUCCUGUUUGGCUGUGUCCUCUUCGUGGCGUUGCCGGCGGUCAUCUUUAAACACAUAGAGGGCUGGAGCACGCUGGAGUCCAUCUACUUUGUGGUCAUCACCCUCACCACCAUCGGCUUCGGCGACUUUGUGGCCGGUGAAAAAGGUCUUGAAAAAGGUAUUUAAGAGCUAUCUUUUCUGACAAUGUUGUAUGUUCUCCCUCUCCUAUCCCCCUCUCCUAUCCACCCUUAUUUGUCUUAAAAAGGUUUAGUUUGAAAUCACACUUGUGCUAAAUCUACUGAGACAAAACGUGAUUUCUGUCCCCUUCUUCACAGUAGAAGAUCAAUAAUCAAUACUCUGUGUGGCAUAGCCUCUCUCUCCUUCUCUCUCCUCCUCUCUCUCUGUCUCCCCCUCUCUUUUCUUCUCUCUGGCUAGAGGUGUGAUAUCACUAAAAGCUUGUAUAUUCUUUAUUAAAUGUGUGUUUGUCUCCUCCCUAUAGGUGGUUCUGAGAUAGAGUAUCUGGACUACUACAAGCCUGUGGUGUGGUUCUGGAUCCUGAUUGGUUUAGCCUACUUUGCUGCCGUGCUCAGUAUGAUAGGAGACUGGUUCAGAGUCAUCUCCAAGAAAACCAAGGAGGAGGUACGUGAUGUGUGUGGAAACCACUGCACCAAACCACCAUACGGCACAGUCACAGAUACUUCCUAUAGACCUUUUAAGAACCUAUACUGUAGGUACCCUAUAGCAUAA